AUGUCGCUGAAGCAGAACUGCCGAGAGCGGCUAUUCAGCGUGAUCGAGAAGAUCACCCAAGUGAGUAAGUAUGUCAUCAUGGUGGUGGACGAAAAUGCGCACCAAGUACUAUCCAUGAUUUGUAGCAGCGAAGAGUUGGUGGAAAGGGGUGUGUCCCUGGUGGAACAAAUCGAUGCCAAGCGAAACAGACUGCAAGACUUCGACUGCAUAUAUUUCCUCAGUUCGAAAGUAGAAGUCGUGAAGAAAAUGUUAGAAGACUUGAAAGAUGAAAAAAAUGCAAUGUAUAAUAAUGUUCAUAUCUUAUUUACUUCAAAUGUUAUUAAAAAAAACAGAGAAAUUUUAGACCUGCUGGCAACUAGUGAUGAUCUACUAAAGAGAAUGAAAACAUGUGCAUGCUUCAAUAUCCCAUUCUUUGCGUUUGAAAGUCGUAUUUUUUACUUGAACCAUGAAUUAAAUUUGUACGAUUUUUACCCCUUAAAAGAUUCUAGCAUUUUAGGAGAUCUUGCGUUGGAGUUACUUUCUGCUUGUUCCUGCUUGAAGAGUAAUCCUCUUGUACGUUAUUUGAAUUCUCCUCUGUGUAGGAAGUUUGCGGAAAUAUUUUACAAUAGUAUGAAUGACUCCAACAUUUUUCAAAAAUCCGAUGAAAAAGAUGAAGGAGAUAUCCUCUUAAUUCUGGACCGAUCCGUUGACUGCUCCAUUUUGUUUGCUCACGAUUACGCGUACCAAAGUCUCUGCUAUGACGUGCUACGGAUUAAGACACAUCAAACAAAACAGGGAAAACCAUGGAGACAGCGUAGCAUGGGGGAUACCAUUGACCAGGGAGAGGAACCACCACACACAGUUCAGUUCGAAAUCACGAACAAUGAUCAACGGAAGGAGGUAAAGAAAGCAAUCUUGUCGGAGGAAGACAACCUCUGGGUCAGGUACAGACAUACGCACAUCCAGGAUGUAAAUGAAAUGAUAAAAAAUGACAUUGGCUCCUUUACAGAGAAAAAUGCAAUCGCUAAGAUUAAGAAGAAAAAUGUAUUAAAUCCAAAUGAAGCUUUAGAGGCUUUGCGAUCCCUUCCGCAGUACGAAACGAUGAUUGAGCAGUACUGGCUCCAUGUAUACUUAUGUGAUAGCUGUUUCAAAAUUUUACAGAAAAAAAAUGUGGUAGAAGUGGGUAUGGUGGAGCAAGACCUAUGCUGUAAUGUGGAUAAUUACGGGAAGGAGCUGACACACACGAAGAAUUGCAAAAAUGUAAUGUCCAUUAUAAGCAGUAAUGAGUACCAUCAGGAGGAGAAGGUGAGGUUGCUUCUCCUCUAUUUUCUAAAUUAUGAAAAUAUAAACGAGCUUGACAAAGCAAGACUCAUUGAAUCAUCCGAAAUUGGUCUCUUCAUGGAGAAUUUCAUCCAUCAAUUCUUAAGUUUGAAAAUACACUGUGAUCCAUAUGCUCAUGUGGAGAAAAACGCAGUAGAGGAAAACUCUUCCUCCGCGAGCUGUAAAGUUUCGCAUGUUCUGGAAAGGAACAAAAAAAAAAUUAAGCAUUACAAGAACGUUGCAAAGACUGCAAAGUAUGAACUUAGUCGAUAUGAACCAAAUAUCAAAGACAUUAUUAUAGAGUUACAUGAGGAUACUCUCCACAGGGGGCAGUUUCCCUUCGUGGAUGGUAGCCGGGGGCCCUCCUCUCAUCAUGUAAAAGACCAGAAUGCAUCUGAAGGUAACAAAACAAAUGUCACCAGGGGAACUGUGUGGGGUUUCAAAUCAGUGGAAAGGAAGGAUGCUCAGAUGGCAAAUCGAAAAAAAAUUAUUAUUUUCAUCCUUGGUGGAAUUACCUUCCCCGAAAUUAGGCAGGCGUAUGAACUGUCAGAGCAAUUGUCCGUGGACGUUUAUUUGGGCGGCACGUGCCUGCUUACCAGUGAAGUGCUCUUCCAACAAUUUAGACGGUUCCCCGGUGGGUAG